CAGGUAGAGAGAAUUGUUGACAAGAGGAAAAACAAGAAGGGAAAAACGGAGUAUUUGGUGCGAUGGAAAGGAUAUGACAGCGAAGACGAUACUUGGGAGCCAGAACAGCACCUUGUUAAUUGUGAGGAAUAUAUACAUGAAUUUAACAGGCGUCACAAUGAAAAGCAAAAAGAAAGCACAUUAACCAGGACAAACAGGACCUCUCCAAAUAAUGCCAGAAAACAAAUCUCUAGAUCUACCAAUAGUUCUUUUUCAAAGACAUCCACUAAAUCUUUAGUUAUGGGUAAAGAUCAUGAGUCAAAAAAUAAUCAACUUUUUACUACCACCCAGAAGUUCCGGAAAAACAAUUCACCAUCUCUUUCUGGCAGGAAAAAUAUGGACCUUGCAAAAUCAGGUAUAAAAAUCCUAGUGCCCAAAAGCCCAAUUAAAAGCCGGACAACAGUUGAUGGCUUCCAGAAUGAAAGCCCUGAUAAAAUGGACCACAUUGAACAGGAUCAAGAAGAUUCCAUAGCACCAGAAGUAGCAGCAGAGAAACCAGUGGGAGCUUUGUUAGGACCUGGCGCAGAGCGUGCUAGGAUGGGGAGCCGACCAAGGAUACACCCCUUAGUGCCACAAUUACCAGUGCCAGUAACAGCCACAAUUGCAUCAGCAUUAACAAUAAAUGGAAAAGGUACAUCCACCUUUAUGGAAGCAUUAGCAGCCAAUGGUACAAGCAACAUACAGUCAUCUGUAACGGGAGUGUCAGCCAGCAAACGGAGAUUCAUCGAUGACAGGAGAGAUCAGCCCUUUGAUAAAAGGCUGCGCUUCAGCGUGAGGCAAACGGAGAGCGCCUACCGGUACAGAGACAUUGUUGUCAGAAAACAAGAUGGGUUCACACACAUUUUGCUAUCAACGAAAUCAUCUGAAAAUAAUUCACUAAAUCCAGAGGUGAUGAAGGAAGUCCAAAGUGCACUGAACACAGCAGCUGCAGAUGACAGUAAACUUGUGCUGUUCAGUGCAGUUGGUAGCAUUUUCUGCUGUGGUCUCGAUUUUAUUUAUUUUAUACGACGUUUAACAGAUGAUAGAAAAAAGGAAAGCACUAAGAUGGCAGAAGCUAUUAGGAAUUUUGUGAACACUUUUAUUCAGUUUAAGAAGCCCAUCAUUGUAGCAGUGAACGGCCCAGCUAUUGGACUCGGCGCGUCUAUAUUGCCGCUGUGCGACGUGGUCUGGGCCAACGAGAAGGCUUGGUUCCAGACCCCAUACACUACAUUCGGACAGAGUCCAGAUGGAUGUUCCUCCCUCACGUUCCCCCGGAUAAUGGGCUUGGCUUCUGCCAAUGAGAUGUUGUUCAGUGGAAGGAAGCUGACCGCGCAGGAAGCUUGUGCCAAAGGACUCGUGUCUCAAGUGUUCUGGCCGGGAACAUUCACACAGGAAGUAAUGGUUCGAAUUAAGGAACUUGUCACAUGUAAUUCAGUUGUACUUGAAGAAUCCAAAGCUUUAGUCCGUAAUGUCAUGAAGGUGGACUUGGAACAAGCAAAUGAAAAGGAGUGUGAAGUUUUGAAGAAAAUCUGGGGCUCUGCGCAAGGGAUGGACUCAAUGUUAAAAUAUCUGCAGAAGAAAAUUGAUGAGUUCUGAUGAGAUGCCCCUUGACACUGGAAUUGUAUUUCUUGGACAGCAGGGCAAGCAAAUCAUGCCCAUUA